AUGGAGAUGGACAACAACCUUCUUACGGCAAUGGUGGAAAGAUGGAGAAAAGAAACGCACACAUUCCACCUUCUAGAGGGAGAGAUGACGAUUACGUUGAAGGACGUAGCCAUGCUGACAGAGCUUCCAAUCGAUGGUGAUGCAAUAAUUGAAAGUUCACAGAAACCAUUGAAUGGUUGGGGCCAAUUUAUAAGCGAGCGUUUAGGUAUCAACAUCCCCGAGGAAGCAGAAGAAGGUCGUCGUGUACCACCUCUACACAAGUCUAUGUUAUUGAUACCUUGGCCAUAUUGUACCACCUGUGGCUUUCCUGCAAAUGUUUGGCCAACCACGAAUCCAGAGUCAGGAGUCCAGAUUGGUAUAGGAGGGAGGUCAGGAUCGUCGUUGUGA